AUGAAAGGCCCAUAUCCGGAAAUCCAAGGAGGCGGCUCCCUGAUUCUAGCAUGGCAGAUCCGGAAUAAGCGCGUCCUGAUUGUUGGAGGCGGCGAAGUCGCCGCCGGCCGCAUCGUGAACGUUCUCAACGCCGACGCCAAGAUCACACUCGUCGCACCGCGCGAAGGCCUCAAUGAAGAGGUAGCCUACCGAAUAGAACAGAAGCAGGUCGACUAUGUAGAUCGCAAGUUCGAGCCUUCCGAUCUCGAUGGCGUAGACAUGGUCCUGACCGCCGUCGACGAUCCCGAGUCAUCCUCCCAGAUAUACAAGCUAUGCAAAGAGAAGAGGAUAGCCGCGAAUAUUGCCGACGUACCGCCAGAGUGCGACUUCUACUUUGGAAGUGUACAUCGCGAUGGGCCACUGCAGAUCAUGGUCAGCACGAAUGGCAACGGGCCGAAGCUGGCCAACAUCGUGAGGAGACAGAUAGCUGCUGGCCUACCACACAACAUUGGGGCAGCCGUACAAAGAGUGGGCAUGCUACGGAAGAAGCUUAGGAAGGUUGCGCCGAACAUCGAAGAAGGGCCCAAGCGGAUGCAAUGGAUGUCUAGAGUCUGCGAACAGUAUUCCCUCGAUGACCUAUGUUCCAUGACUGAAGAAGACAUGGAGGUGCUACUCGGCUUCUACAAACCAGGAACUAUACCAACGCUGGAGGAGGUACGGCUGCAGGAGCCGGACGGCGCAUACGAUGGACCCUUCCUGAUUUGA